AGCAACUUCAAUUGACUCCAGCAAAGUCCUACGGUCCUGCAUUUCUCAAUUGCAGCUGCUACUGACAGGAGACGACUUCUAUGGUAUAAGAUUUAUGUACUGCCAUGAGCCUCCUACUUGAGAUACUUGAACAACAUAUUUACUUCCAUCAUUUGGGAGGUACAUUGAGCGGAGCUUGUUUUAGUUUCAAUGGGUGGGCAAUGGUGAAGAGAGGGCCAGUUUUGGUGUCGCUAUUUAGUCCCAUUGGAACUGUCUGCUCAGUUGUUCUCUUAGUUAUCACCUUAGGAGAAUUUAUCAGUGUUGGAAGGCACUCCUGGUAUCACAGAUUAUGUAAUGGCAGAGCUUGAGAAGUUGGGUCAGAAAUAUUGUGUGGCUUUGAGGUAUUUUCCUAUGUUUUCUACAAAUUGUUUUCAUGACCAAAAGGGUUUGAAAUUGAGAGUGUAUAUGCAGAUGUGCACUGCUAUCCCUUUUCAUUGUCAUGACUGUCUGUUUUUUAUACCUAUUGUUCUGUAGUU